AUGAAAUCUGGGGACUACCCGACGCCCAGCAGACCACCGCACUCUUCGCAGCGGGCCGCUACUGGGGCACAGACUAGAAGCUGCCCGCCGCCUAGCGGACUGCCGCACACUCCACAGCGGCCCGCCACUGAAGAGGCAGAGGCGCCUGCCAGAAAGGAACUUGUGCGGCACAAUGGGAUUUUACUCCAUUUUCAGCCAAAGAAGAAGUUCAAGCUUGAAGAGCAGUUCAAGCAUUUCUUAAACAUGUUUUGUAAGGUCCAUACUAACAUCUCUCUUGUUGAAUCGUUGCAGGAGAUACCUAGGUUCGCAAAGCUACUAAGGGAGGCCGUGAUGAGGAAGAAGAAGCCUACUAAAGUUGACCUUAAGUUGCAGCAUCAUUGCAGCGAGAUCAUUCAACGAGAGAGGGCCGUUAAGCAAAGGGAUCCCGGUCAAUUCAUCAUUAGGUGCUCGAUUGGAGAAGGAAAAGUGGACAAGACCCUUUGUGAUCUAGGGGCAAGCAUCAAUAUCAUGUCACUCAAGUACUAUGAAAAGCUCAACAUCGGACCUCUCAAGACGUCGGAUGUGAUCAUAAGGUUGGCCGAAAACUCGACAAUCAAAACAGUGGGCAUGAUUGAGGAUGUAUUGGUAAAGGUAGACGAUUUUAACUUCCCUACCGACUUCAUUAUUCUUGAUAUGAAAGUAGAUAAGAAUGUACCUCUAAUCUUAGGCAGAUAUUUUCUAGCCACAUGCAAAGCUCUUAUUGAUGUAGGUAGAGGCGAGAUCACGUUCUCCAUCGAGAGUUUCCAACGGAUCGCUUCGUUCUUCUCUUCUACCGAUUGGUUUUUGUAA